AGCCUGGUGAUGGUGACAGCAGCAACUAGACUACGAUGACGAACACGAAGAGGACGAAGAAGAACGAGAAGAAGAAUUUUGCUGCAGUGAUUUUGGGAAGUUAAUUGAGCGAGAGAGAGAGAGAGAGAGAGAGAGAGAGAUUGUGAGCUUCGUAGCGGUCGGUCGUCAUGGAAUUGAAUUGGAACUCGUUUGUUCUGAUUUCGAGACAAAAUGUUCCUCCGCCUCCGUUGCAGCGUUCCCGAGCAGCCGGCGCAAAUCCCAAGGCAGUCGCCGCACGGGAGCUCAGAGGAGGAGGGAGAGGUGGAGAAUAAGAAACACUUGUGUGUGCAUGAUUGCUUCCGUUUUUUGUUGUAUUCUUUGCUACGAAUCAAUUCGUGAGGCGAGCGCUUGGUUUGUUUGCAUCAUACAGAACCGACUCGCGGGGAUUUUGUGGUGGUUCCUACAGCGAGUGAGUGACCUAGGGCAGCGGGAGGUGGUGGCAGAGUGAGGGUAUUGACCCGGGGGCAGUAGAGGUGAGCUGCGGUGGUAGUGGCGGAGUCAUGGCCUUGUCGGAGUUGGAGUUGAAUGUUUUCUCUGACAAUGGCGUUCCAGCAGCGAGCUUAUGAUGGUUCUGGCGGUUGGGAGGUUCUGACUGGGGUUGUGAGGGUUCUGAGCACAGUCAGAGUGUGCUGGUCGGACAGCAUUGAUGUACUUGUUUUGAGAAGUAGUGGUUCUGGUGAGGGGUGAUCAGCCCGUGGUUACGCCAACUGGAAGUGAAGGCCGUCUCAGUUUAUUAGCAGAGGACGACUUCGGGUUGUCUGUUGUUUAGAACUAAUUUCGCGGUAGUUCUGUCGGGUUAGUGUAACACAGAACCUCAUCGUGCUUCGAUAACUAUGGUGAAGGCUGGGUUUCGUCGAGGUCGAAAGUUACCAUAGAGUGACAUGUACUCAGUUGCGAUGGCAGCGGAGUGGUGAUCAAGAGAAUUCAUGGCAAGUAGGUGGAAGCGACUAGCUUUGAUUUCAGGCUACAGUGGCUAUCUCACAAAAGCGACUUCUGAAUUGCAGAAGUAUUUGUGCUGCAGCAGGUUGGGGUAAGGAGUAGCGAGUCGUCUUGACCGCAACAUUUGCGUUUGCAUAGCCUAAGGAUUUCUUUGGCGGGAAUCGAUCCCUUCUUACAAGGAAGUAGCUCGCACAUCUAUCGUCUCGCUGUUUCAAGGGACGGGUUGUUCUCCUGUUAUGACAGCAUCAUUGGCUGGAGAGGAACACCUUGCACUGCUUCUUUCGAGGAGGGAUAUUUUUCUACAAGACUGAAUAUGUACAGGAUUCUCUGAUCUUGCAUGCUUGUCCAAAUGCUUGGAGGACUCUCUGAUCUCUACAUACCCGUCCUGAUUUGAGUAUCUGUGAAGGUCUGUGGGACCAAUAUCACAAGCUGUCAGCAGUGACAAACUGAGGCCGGGGAAGUCUCAAAAUGGCGGGGUCCGGUAUGUCUCCCUGCGCGGCUUGCAAGUUACUGAGGCGGAGAUGCACACGAGAUUGUGUUUUUGCGCCGUAUUUCCCUCCCGAUGAGCCCCAGAAGUUCGCCAAUGUCCACAAGGUGUUUGGUGCGGCCAACGUCAAUAAAAUGCUACAGGAAUUACCUGUGGAAGCGCGAGGGGAUGCCGUGAGCUCCAUGGUUUACGAAGCUGACGCUCGUGUACGAGAUCCUGUAUACGGUUGUGUGGGUGCCAUAUCCUCUCUUCAGCAGCAAGUGGCGCAUUUACAAACUCAACUGGCAGUUGCAAAUGCUGAGAUCGUAUGCAUGCGCAUGCACAAUACAGAGAGCAGCCGAGAUUCCGACAAUUCGAGGCACAUACAAGGAUCAUACCAACAGGGCUUGUCGCCACCGUUGCAGCCACAAUCACCUGAACUUCAAAAUUAUUACAAGCCCACGGCCCACUACCACCGCACGGACAACAUGGAGCUUGCGGAGCUUCUAUGGACAUAACUCCAAUCUGACCCCUCGUAACAGUCAAUCCGCAUUUUCAGUCGUUUUUGUGAAGCGUUGUACUUAUAGCUUGAUUCCCCUCAUGCAAGUGUUGUGGCAGUAUACGUAACAUGGUGUCAGCCGGAAUUUUGUUGUGUGCACCGUUUAAUCUACUGUCUAGUACCUCGCCCGGGCUGCGUUUCGACUUGUAGAGAAACUCGUCGUGGUUCAGUGGCGGUCAAGAUGAAGCUUAUCACCAUCUGUUUUGUACAUGCAAUCUAAACGUGAAAGAGCUCGACUGACGAAACAUUAUUCUUUUUCCCCUUAGGCGGUAGCUGUUAACAUCAACCUCAGUUGCCAUGCUCGUCUCCGGAAUCCCAUCACAAGAUUUUUGCUUGUUGUAUGAGGCCUUCCAGAGAGACACAGCUGCAGUGAAGCCAUAGUGUCGCUGGAAAAGUUGUAGCUUGGAUUGGUGGUGGCUGCGAAGAUGUCCACGAACAGCUCCAUGUACGAUGUAUUUUGUUAUGUGUUCAAUGUAUCAAAAAUGAUAUUGGAA